AUGGCCAGGUGUGUCCUGAGGGUGACUCUUCUGGAUCAGCGCUGCCUGGAAGUGAUUAACAUUCCUCUUUCACGAAGGAAGCAGCCAAAACAACAUAAGCUAAUGAAGAAAAUAGCAAAGACAAGUGGCCAGAAAGGCCUGGGCAGAAAAGCCCUCAGAGCGAACCCAAAACAUGAGGAGGUGACUCAAGACACCAUCCAAGAGGAAGAUGUGUGCAGUGAGACAGGCCCCGAGACUCAGGAAGAUGACUUCCCAGAAGGUUACAUAGAGUGCAUCAUUAGAGGUGAGUUUUCUGAACCUAUUUUGGAAGAGGAUUUACUUUUUAAAUGUUUCGAAAACCUAGAGAAAGCCGAACAAGACCUUUCACGCCAGGUUCUUGGAACGAGUUCCCUUCUCGAAAGUUCUUUGGAAUAUGUGACUGAUGGGACAAAGCAGGAGAAAAGAGAGGCUAAGCAAGAACAGCCUCAAGAGUUUGUUGGAGCGAACUCAGCUCUUGAAUGUUCCGAGUACGUGACUAGCGAGAAGCUUCCUGUCGAAAAAAUAUCGUCGGAAAUUGAUUUAUCAGAUCAUAAGCAACCUGCGGGACCUACUGGAGAGAAACCGAAGGGUGGUGAACACUGUGCUCCACUGUCAAUGCUGAAGUGUCCUCAGACUGGGUGCACGAAGAAGCUGAGGAACAAAACUGCCCUAAGGAAGCACAUGCUUGUCCACGGGCCCCGUCUGCACGUGUGUGCUGAGUGUGGGAAAGCUUUUGUAGAGAGUUCGAAACUCAAGCGACAUUUUCUGGUUCAUAAUGGAGAGAAGCCAUUUCAGUGCACCUUCGAAGGGUGUGGAAAACGCUUCUCGCUCGACUUCAACUUGCGCACACAUACCCGCAUCCACACUGGUGAGAAGCGCUUUGCGUGCCCCUUUGACGGCUGCCAGAAGAGCUUUAUUCAGUCAAAUAACAUGAAAACUCACAUUCUAAUCCACACAAAGGCGGGGCAGAAACGCUGAAAAACCA